ACAUCAGGACCACACCAGCUGGUUCUGACUCCUCGGGGUUUGUACAUCAGGACCACACCAGCUGGUUCUGACUCCUCGGGGUUUGUACAUCAGGACCACACCAGCUGGUUCUGACUCCUCGGGGUUUGUACAUCAGGACCACACCAGCUGGUUCUGACUCCUCGGGGUUCGUACAUCAGGACCACACCAGCUGGUUCUGACUCCUCAGCGUUCGUACAUCAGGACCACAGCUGCUGCACACUAUUGGCUGCGCCACUGCAGCUCCGGUGCGCGCAACAUUAGGGGCUUCAAUUCUCUAAACCAUCCAGCGCUUCUUCUCAUCCCCACUGGCACAGAGUCCGAGCAGAAGAAGGCGAAAGAUACGCUGUGUACGAGCUGUUUCCUGGAAAAGUGGAAAUUGAUCGAUUUUUCGCUACAUCGUUUAUGUAACUUCCUAUUUUCUACUGAGGUAACUUCGUUGUAGCCUAGUCGGGUUGAUCAUAGACUAUAUUCCCAGAUUGCGUUUUGGUCUGUGGAGAUGGUGAGUGUUCCGGGAGCAAGUGUUCAUCAGGACGGGGAGACUGUAGCCUGGGAACCGAGGGGACAUGAGCAGGAGAGAAAUGCGAUGGAAUCUCGGUCCCGGGCUACAGAUGAGAAAGCUGAUGGGUGGAGGUCUAAUGGAAUCGUCUGGAGAAACGUUAUCCUCAUGGCCCUUCUGCACAUCGGGGCGGUAUAUUCCCUCCUCGUUAUCCCCAGAGCGAAGCCCCUUACCUGGGUCUGGUCCUAUGUGUGUUUCAUCGUGACAGCCCUGGGAGUGACAGCAGGGGUCCAUCGGCUGUGGAGCCACCGCUCCUACAGAGCCAAGCUCCCUCUCAGAGUCUUCCUCGCAGCUGCCAACUCCAUGGCCUUCCAGAAUGACAUCUAUGAGUGGGCGAGAGACCACCGUGUGCACCACAAGUUCUCAGAGACAGAUGCAGACCCCCACAAUGCAACACGAGGCUUCUUCUUUGCUCACAUUGGCUGGCUGUUUGUGCGUAAACACCGUGAUGUCAUCGAGAAGGGAAAGAAGCUGGACGUCACUGACCUCUUGGCUGAUCCCGUCGUCCAGUUUCAGAGAAAGUACUAUAAGACCACGGUCCUGAUAAUGUGCUUCCUGGUUCCCACCGUGGUUCCCUGGUACUUCUGGGGCGAGACGCUAUGGAACUCCUACUUCCUGGCGUCCAUCUUGCGUUACACCAUCUCACUCAACGUCACCUGGCUGGUGAACAGCGCCGCCCACAUGUACGGGAACCGACCGUACGACCAGAACAUCAGUCCCCGGGAGAACCGCUGGGUCACCUUCGGAGCCAUCGGUGAAGGUUUCCAUAACUUUCACCACACAUUCCCCUUUGACUACUCUACCAGUGAGUUCGGGCUGCGUUUCAACCCCACCACAUGCUUCAUCGAUCUCAUGUGCUGGAUGAGCCUGGCCAGCAACCGCAAGAAGGCAUCCGUGGAAAUAAUACAGGCCAGGAAACUAAGGACAGGGGAUGGGAGCUACGGGGCAGUCAACACUAGACAAGAAAAAUAAACAUGAGUGGUGGUUCAGAAGUCCAUGAUGAAGAUGUCAAUCUUUUCUUAUGCCGCCAUGCAUUAUGAUUUCUAAUCAUGAUUUGCCUGCUAUAUUUUCUACUUUGUUAUUUUUGGUUCCCAAAAUGACAUAUUAUGUCCUGACACAAAGGUGUAGUUUUUGACUCACUGGUUAGUUAAUCCAAGGUUUGAUGUGGAAACCAAGACAACCAGACACCUUUUGAAAUCGGAAUAUCAAAUCCUAGCAUUGAUACUUACCUGUUGCAAGAGCUUCCACAAGCUAGGUUCUACAGUGCAAUACCCUGUGGAGAAGGGGUUCUACUGCAGGGUGACUGGUGCUGAGACAUGAUCACUCCUGCAUUCAGGAUACACGUGCUGUUUAUUGUCAACAUUUCGGUUGUCGUGUCUUGGAAAAGGUCACAGAAUGAAACGUGGACAGUAAAUGUCACAUGUAGAGGUAAUGGUGUGUGGGAGUUUACUCCUGUCACCUGUACCAAGUCACCCCUCCCCCUCCAUUCCUUCAUCACAUCUAGAGAUCAACUUAGGUGGUGUGAAAAAUGUGUUCUGGGUACAGCCUAUCAGAGACCAAGACAUACAGAUUACAUGAACGUCUAAAUAAGUUUAUUGCUAGUGUCAGCACUUUGACUGAGUGACUGACUCACUGACUGAGGAAGGACUGACUGACUGACUGACUGACUGACUG